UUUUGAAAUUCAAAAUUUCUCUCUAUUUAGUGUGGCAGUUUCAUAGAGGGUUAUUCAUUUAAAACUUUCUCAAAAAAAUCUGAUUGUAAAUGGUUAAUACUCGUUCUUCCCUUUCUCCAUCUGGUUCAUCGAAGCUUCUUCUUGACAAGUUAAAAAUGAAGAAAACGAUUUCUGAAGAUGACAAUGAAGAUCUUUCUGGUGGUUCUGAGGGCUCUGGUGAUGUUUCUGUUAAGGAAGUGAAGAAGAAGCAAUAUAACCGUGGAAACAAGAAGGUUACUGACGAUCGGCCUUUGAAAAAAUUGAAACAAGUUGUUGAAAAUGAUGAGGACUUCUACGACAGUGAUGAUCUAGAAGUUGAGAACAAUGAAUCGAUGAAGGAGUGGGAGUUAUAUUUCAAGCAUGAGGAUAGGGUUGGUGGAAGAAUAAUUUUUUUUCCUAACCAUGAAAACAAUGUUAUUGCCAUUAUCAAUAGUAAAUUGACUCCUUCUCAAGCAAAGCUGUUUCGUGAGACAUGUUUUGGACAUUUUUUGGACAUGAAUCCAAUUGCAAUGCAAACUCAGUUGAUUCACAGUGCUUUGCACAGGGAGGUACACCAGAAAAAUCCUUAUGAAAUGUGGUUCAAAUUUGGUUCUCAAAAUUUCAGGUUUAGUUUGGCUGAGUUUGCUGUUGUGACUGGUUUAUUAUGUGUUGGUGAUUCUGAUAUGAGUGGUUAUGCAAAGAAGGAGAAUGCAUUUGUGGAUAAGUAUUUUAGUGAUCAACAAGUAACAGUCAGUGCUGUGGAGGAGAGGUUUAGGUAUAGUGAUUUUAAGUUGGACGAAUACGCUGUUAAGAUGGCGGUGUUGUAUUUCGUUUCUAAUUGCUUGUUCACAAGCCCUAAUUCCAAGAAGGUUCCUAAUGAAAUACUCAAUAUUGUUGGGAUUGGUGAUUAUGAGAGUUUUCCUUGGGGAAAAUUAGUUUUUAAGAAAACUUUACACAACUUGAGGAUUGGUUUGAGGGGUGUACCAAAGAAAAAAACAGGGAAAGAUAUUGGUUCCAAGCAUAUUGAUAAGCGUAAAGGGAAAGCAAAGGCUGCUGAUAAAGAAUCUAAAAAUAUCAACACAGCCCCGAUUUUGGCAUAA